AUGCGUCAUAAUCUAAUAAGACGAUUGUGCCAUGAAUCGGAAAUAAUUCCUUUAUUACCUCAGUCUUUAAUUUUUUCUAAUGAACGAAAACAAUUUUCUGAAAAUUUAUUUGAAAAGAUACCUAUGCAAAUGGAUGAUUGUUGUAUGUCUACUACUGAAAUGUAUAACAAUUCGGCAUGUAACGAUAAUCAUCACUUACAACAACAAUCCAUAGAAAUUAUUUUGAAAAUAUUAAUUGAUUUUCUUGGUGAAUUUUUACUUUUCCUUUCAUCAAUUAUUCAAUCUGAGCAAUUUUAUACUCAAUUUCAACUUCAAAAAAUGGUAGAUGUUGCUGAAUUUAUCCAUCAAUUUCGUUUAACAUUGCAAAUACAGAUAAAUAAUAUUCAUGAACAAAAGACAAAUUCUUCUAUUCUGGAUAUUCCAUCUAUCUCCUUAACUCUUCAUGAACUUGCCUCUUUCAUUCAUUAUUUAGGCCAAGAACAACAACAAAAUGAAACUAUGAUUAACCAUCCACAGACAACCAUGUUUAUACAAUUAUUAGAUCGUUUAGAAAAAAUCAUCAAAUCUUCUACGGAUUGUAUCAGUAUGAGUAACAAUUCAAAUGUAGGUUAG